UGGGCGGCUCCGCACCGCAGCGUCGACGGCGGUAGGGGGCUGCGAGAGAGGUGUCGCGGGGGACAUCGUCGUGCCUGAGGCGCAGCCAGCCUUCUUCCCGGCUCUUCGGCGCCCUGCAGCCAUGGCCUGGCAGCCUAUGGAGAUCAACCCCGAGAUGCUGAACAAAGUGCUGUCCCGCCUGGGGGUGGGUCCCGGCUGGCGCUUCGUGGACGUGCUGGGCUUCGAGGAGGAGGCGCUGGGCGCCGUGCCGGCGCCGGCCUGCGCACUGCUGCUGCUCUUCCCCCUCACCGAGCAGCAUGAGAACUUCAGGAAACAACAGACUGAGAAAAUAAAGGACCAAGAAAUCAGUUCCAAGGUGUAUUUCCUGAAGCAGACAGUCAGUAACUCCUGUGGGACAAUUGGUCUGAUACAUGCAGUUGCUAAUAAUAAAGACAAACUGAAGCUUGAUGAGGGAUCUGCCCUGAAGAAGUUUCUUGAUGAAACGGCUGAUCUGUCUCCUGAAGAGAGAGCUAAGCAUUUUGCAAAUAAUAAGGCUAUACAAGAAGUCCACAACUCUGUUGCACAAGAAGGACAAUGUCGGAUUGAGGACAACAGUGUGAACUUCCACUUCAUCCUGUUUGUCAAUGUGGACGGACAUCUGUAUGAAUUGGAUGGGCGUAUGCCAUUUCCUGUAAACCAUGGCACAAGCUCAGAUGACUUGCUGUUGAAGGAUUCUGCUAAGAUCUGCAGACAAUUUACAGAACGUGAAAAAGGAGAAGUUCGUUUUUCUGCUGUGGCUUUUUGCAAGUCUGCCUGAGACUGAAGAGAUGCAAGGAAAGCAGUCUAAUAGCACACCAGUAAAUGCAGUUUAAACUCCAGUGCUUCAGUACUUGUUAAACACAGCUGUUCUGGUAACUUAAAUUGUUUCCACCUUUUGCUAUACACAGGAGCAACAUCAGCUGAGCUUAUGGUAAAGGAUGAGCUCAAGUUUUAAUGUGAACAGUUUGGACACAUCAGAUGUCUUUAGAUUUUUUUCACAUGUUAAGUAGAAAAAGCUUAACGGGGCUUGUUUAAUCUGUGUUAUGUUAAUUGAGCUGUUGGUUGAUAUUUCCUUGUCCUUAAUGAGAAUAAAAUGUUCUGCUGGAAGACUAAA